CAUCUCGAAGAUCCCGCUGACUCGAAUGCACUCACUUCCUUCCUGUCAGCUGCUGUUUGAAGUGCAUGGGAUAGAGGUUUUGGAUAGAAUUAGAUCAUUUUGAAAGACGAGAUAGAUCGAUGAUCAGGCUGUUUUCGAGACCAUGUGCGGUGUCAGUUGAGCAUUCGAUAAGGCGGUUGGCGGGACAGACGAUUACGACAAGAUCAGCAUCCACAGCCUCCAGCAAACCUCCUCCCUCGAAAACCCGCAAGAGACUCGUGUACGCAGCAGCAGGUCUUUGUGCGGUCGUUGCCUACGACAGAGCGUUCAACGAGUCCGCGCUCGUGCGCAACGCUCGCGCGGUCUACAUUCUCUCGCUCAUCGCGGCCGACUACAAGCUCAACUUUGACCCCGACCACGACGUGGACGCGUUGCAGGCGCGGGUGGCCGAGCGCGUGUUUAAUCUGAUUACGCGCAACGGCGGGCUGUAUAUCAAGAUUGGCCAGGCGCUUGCGAUGCAGGCGCAGAUCCUGCCGCCGGUGUUCCAGGAGAAGUUCUCGAAGCUGUUUGAUAUGGCGCCGCAGGACGAGUGGAGCGCGGUCGAGAAGGUGUUUGUGCAGGAUUUCGGCAGGACGCCGGACGAGGUGUUUGACUCGAUCGAGCACACUGCGAUUGCGAGCGCGAGUGUUGCGCAGGUGCAUGUAGCGCGGUUGAAGGGGACGGGCGAGAAAGUGGCGGUGAAGAUCCAGCAUCCAAAGAUCGAGAAGCAGGUGUACUGGGACCUGCUGACGUACCGCAGCAUGAUGUGGCUCUACGACUGGCUGUUUGAGAUCCCGGUGUACUUUGUCGCGCAGUACAUCUCCGACCAGAUGCAGGCCGAGACGGAUUUCGAGACGGAGGCGCGGAAUUCGCAAAACAUGGCGCAGAAGCUGGCGGGCGAGAAGUCGCUGGUGGGAAAAGUUUACGUGCCAAAGAUCUAUGGCGAGCUACAGAGCAAGCGCGUGCUGACGAUCGAGUGGAUCGACGGCGUGAGCAUGAGCCGGCGCGAGGAGCUCGAGCAGCGCGGGUAUAGUAAGCGGUGGAUCAUGGACACGAUGGUGAACUUGUUUGCGGCGCAGAUCUUUAGCUUCGGAGUCGUGCACUGCGAUCCGCACCCGGGGAAUAUAAUCAUCCGGCCGCGGCCAGGGAAGGAAUCUGAGCUGCAGCUCGUGCUGAUCGACCACGGACUCUACAUAUACGAGCCGGACAAGUUCAGGAAGGAGUACAGCCAGCUGUGGAGACAUAUGUUUACGUUCAACACGGCGGGGAUUGAGAGCAUAGUGUCGAACUGGGGGAUUGCGCAGCCGGAGGCGUUUGCGUCGAUGACGAUGCUGCGGACGUACAAGGCGGGCCAGGCGCGGGAUCUGUACGGCAGCGUUAACCCCGAGAUGAGUGAAGAAGAGCGCAAGAAGCGGGAGGCGUUUGAGCGGCAAAAGUCCGCGGCGGACCGGUUCAAGGAGUUCAUCAACGACACGACGAAGAUGCCGCUGGAGCUCGUAUUUCUGGGGCGCAACAUGCGGAUCGUGCAGGGGUGCAACCAGCUGAUGGGCUCGCCGGUGAACCGGGUGAAGAUCCUGGGCCAGUGGGCGAGCCGGAGCCUGGCGCGGGAGCGCGGGCUGGGACUGCGGGCGCGGGUGGUGGAGUGGACGCGGCAUGUGGUAUUCACGGUCGUGGUCGCGCUGUCAGAUCUGUCGUUUCUGGCGGCGCGGGUGCGGCAGGUUGUGUUCAGACAUAAGAGCGGGUUCGAGGACGUAAUUGAGCAGCAGAUGCGAGCGAUGGCGCGGGAGCGGUUUGGGCUCGACAUCCGGGAGGGCGCGUUCGAGGGAUGACCACUAUGACAUAACGACAACUGUAAUUAUUACAUAAUCUCUGACUGAUACGCGUUGGGCUAUAAAAAGAGACGAGCACCGCCACGCAUCGGAGUGGCGGACAAUGGGCUGUGGCGCAGGGCGACAAUCAAAUCAAACGGAACCGCAGCGGGCUCGCGUCCCCUUUCCUCGUCUU